GCUUGCAUGUAAAUAAAUUUUCCAUCAAAAUUUGGUUUCUCACAGCCUAAUUUACAUGCUAAUUGGAUAUUGGUUCCUCUAAAGUUUUGAGCCUGAUGUACUUGGGAAGCGAAGCUGGAACUUGGAACUGCCAGGUUUGAGAGGUGAAUCAGGUGACGGAUACAUAGCUGUUGGCUCAACAUAGAUAAUGACAUAAGGUAACUACAGGGAAUUCAGACCGAGUCUUUCAGAACUUUCAAAGGUCAAACGGAACGACACUCGCAUCGCGCAUACAAACACUUUAUUUGUGUUCAAUUGAAGAUUUAUUGAAUAAAAGAUUCGAUGAACGGAAAGGCAGGCGCAUCGCACGUGCGUCUAGACUAGUGUAAAUAAUCUUAACAGUCAAGACACAAACAAAAAUCAGACUCACCCGAAAGGGCAAAACUAGUUUAGGCGCCCAACACAAACAAAAGUCAGACUCAGAUCUAGCUGCAAACCUGCAACGCCCUCUGAAUAGUAGUGUCUAUGAAUUGCAGUCACUGAAACACCUCCUCUACUGAAUUCAAUCAGGUUGUUUUAUACUGUUAGUGAAGUGCAGCCUAUGCGGAUGAAUUCAAUGCGAUUUCCACCACCUAGGGAACCUCCACCUUGGUUCCCAGUCGUAACACCUGAUCCGUUACUAAAUAGUUCGUUUUGGAAGGCGGAGAAUGUAAAAAAUCAUAUGAAGAAAUUAGAAGAAACUGUUGAUUUAGCUAAAGCAAUGCAAAAAAAAUUGGAGGCCAUACUUUUGUGUAAAGGAAGGAGCGAGUCUGCUGGGGAGAUAGAUGAUGCAAACCUUGAUUCGUCCAUUAUUAAGAUUUCUGAAGUAAUCAAAGAGAAAGCAACAAAUUUGGAGGUGCAAGAAUUGUUGUCUGUUGAAGCUGCAAACUCUUUGCUCUUGAAUUUGAAAAGUCAAAUUGAACCUUUGGGGAUUUGUAGUAGUCAAACUAGUCAGUGGGAAGAGAAAUCUGCGGCAGUUCGAUUGGCUAAUAAGAUACAGAAAUACGAUAGGAAUAAACGUUGGAGGAAGAAAAAGAGGAAACGAGUCGCUGAAAAGCUAACUAAGGAGCGUGAAAGGUUCGACCAGGCUGAUCAAGAAGCUGAUGAGUGGAGGGCUAGAGAAAUUGCCAAGGAUAUUGCUAGACGCAAGGUUGAAAAUAUGAAGGAAAUAGCAAAAGUUAAAGCUAACGAGGAAAGAAAGAAACUAGAAUCUGAGCUUGAGAUGGUUUUAAUCGUGGAGAAGUUGCAAGAAUUACGUUCCAUCAGAAUUCAAAAGCUGAAGAAGCAAGGCAACUUCUCAUCAAGGUUAUUGUACUGUUACAGUGACGACGAGAAAUCAAAUCUUAAUAUUAUUGAUUCAUUUUUGUUCAUUUCGUAUGAUAAAUUUUUUGAACAUAGUGUUGCAUUAUUUGAGAGAACUGAUCACUGAUAAGGUGAUUACCAAGAACCCCACAACUUAAUCACUUUAUCGAUAGCUAUAACUGAUGUUAAGAUUAUGCAUUACGAUCAUGUAGCAAGCGAGAUUUUGAGGAACCUCCUUCUUCUAGCUAAUAGAGAAAUAUUUCGUG